AUGGCCAUCGUCAACGUGCUCCUGUCGACUUUCGAAGGUGGUAGUCAGUUGCGUGCAGCUGGAGGGCGCAUGACAUCGUCGCGCAAAAGGAAGCAGAAUGCGGAACUAGCUACAGGCAGUGCACGGAACCUUGACGGGCGACGUCUAAGAACGAUAACAGAAGCCAAAAAUCUAGCCACUUACCUCGCGACGAAGCCAGACAUGGAUCGAAAAGAGAAAGAGGAGAGGAGAAAGCGCUGGGAGGCUGUCGUUGACUUAGCCGAGCAACGAGAGGCCGAUAUGAGAGCCGGCAAGACUGUUGAUGGGCGGCGCAAGGGCUUGAGCAGUGAGUGGAUGGAAGAGAAGGAAGAAGUUGGUGAAAAUGUCAAGAAUGCUGUCAAAUUAGCCAUGGCUGCUAACGAAACGGACCAGGGCAAGGCGGACGAUGGAAGCAGUGGUGCAUCCGCUUCCGAUAGUGCUGAUAAUGGUGAUAGCGACAUUGAAGACCCAAUGGAACUCGAUGAGUCAGACAUGGCACGGCUGACGACUGAAGCAGAAGCUGGCGAUGCCGACGCGAUGUGGGUGCUCGAGAACAAAAUUAAGAUACCUCGCGAUUUGUUGCCAAAACCAAAGAGAACAGCACCUCGUUUCGCUGGCUUCGAUGACGACGAUUCAUCGGGAAGUGAGAGUGAUGAAGGUGUAGCAACAAGCUCCAACACGACAGCAAAGCCGACGGCAGUUGCAGAUGUCUGA